GCCUCCCGCUGCGCAUGCGCGGGACUCCCGGCUCUGGCAGGGGGUCCCAGGCUGCCCUCCCGUCUGUAAGCGGGGCCGCGGCUCCUUGAGCGCACGGCGGCUUUGCGUGUAGUGCGCGGGGCUCCCCGGCCCGGCGGAGUGCUGAGGCGACAUGAAGAAGAUAUUCGGCUUCGGGAGGAAGAAGAAGGGGAAUCCGCCGCCGUCCGGUGACGCCGCCUCGCCGUGCCCCGCCGGUGCGUACGAGCUCCGCCAGAAGGAGCUGGGCAAGCUGCACCGCGCGGCCGCCGCCGGAGACCUGGCCCAGGUGCGGCAGGGGCUGAAGAAGCACGGCAUCGACGGGCGCGACAAGGCGCAGCGGACACCACUGCAUCUUGCUUGUGCAAAUGGACAUGCGGAUGUCGUUACGUUUCUAGUAGAAAACAAGUGUAAGCUAAAUCUUUUUGACAGUGAUAACAGAUCACCACUGAUGAAGGCAGUACAAUGCCAGCAAGAAAAAUGUGUGGUAAUCCUGCUAGAGCAUGGUGCUGAUCCGAACCUGGCAGAUGCUAGCGGCAACACUGCCCUUCACCUGGCUGCUGUAACUCCUAACACAUUUCUAGCAGGGAUGUUAAUUGAGCACAAUGCCCAUAUUGAUGCUCAGAAUAAGGAUGGAUGUACUCCCCUUACUCUUGCUGUUUCUGAACAUCAUGAAGAGAUGGUAGAGCUCCUCCUUAAAAAAGGAGCUGACAUUCAUGCUCGAGAUCUGUGUGAAAGAACCCCACUUAUGACUGCUGCAUCUGGUGGGGAGCUUAAAUUGGUGAAAAUUCUUCUUCGCUAUGGUGCUGAUCUUUCCCAUAAAGACACUAAUGGAUGGACAGCUGAGGAUUAUGCUAUUAUUCAUGGAUAUGCUAGUCUUAGUAAACAACUGGCAGAAUACGCAGACUGGGAGAACACAGGGGAAGCUUCUGCAGGUGCUUCUCGAGGCAUCCAAGUGCCGAUGACUCCUCACAAGGCAAGAGCUGCUGGCUUUACAUUGGGUGCACCUGCUAUGGACAGAGGAGCAAUAGAUGACUUUUCCCAAGGAGACUCAAUAAGAAGUUCUGAAAAAGAGGGCAGUAAUGACAGUUGGCAUACCUCUGAGGAAGAAGAACUGGAUUUUACACCCAAGAAGCCACAGAAGCCAAACUUGACAAUGUUAAUGAAUGUUUCCCAAAAGUUCAGGAAUAUAGGUGGUGGUGAUAGUUCUAGAAUUGAAAGUCCUAAGUCACAGAAGAAAAGCCUUAAACAAAAAAAAACAACAGAUGCAAACCUGAACAGAGGAGAAUGUGGAGAGUUGUUGAAAGAAGAUAUCUCAGAUUCAAGCAACCUUGAGGAAGAUGAAAUGGAGGAAGAGGAGGAAGAUGAAAAUGAUGAUGGAGAUGACAAUGAGGAGUAUGAAGAAGAAGAGGAAGAUCUUAGUCAAGAUGAAAAGGAGGAAGAAGAUCUGGAAGAUGAAGAAACUCAAUCUAAUGACAUAAUGGAAGAGGAGCAGAGAGGUAAAAUGGAACCUAAAGAAGAAGAAAUUAAUCAGAAAUUGGGGUAUCUGAGUAAUGUUAAGAAUGAAGGGGAUGCACAUUGUGGAGCUGGAAGUGUCUCCAGUGAUUAUCAGAAAAUAUGUAAAAAAAUUGAUGAAAAGAUGGAGGAAUCUGUUGAUACUCCUGUGUCUUUUAUAGAUGGAUGUUAUGAAAGGUUGCAAGAGAAUAUAACAGCCAUGUCUCCAAAGAGAAUGAAUAAUGAAGUAUCUUAUGAGUCAGUACCAAAACAAUCUGUCCUUCAAAAUCUAAAUAAUUUGCAAAAUAAACAAGAAAGCUGCAAGAAGAAGAGCAUAAUACAGAAGAUGUUUCACAAAAAUACAGCCUCCCCUUUUGCAGACUCUGAAAUGACAGUCUUGAAAAGAGAGAUACCCCAGCCUCUCUCAAAUAGUAGUGAUCUUCAGGAAGAGAAGUUAAGUUUCGGUGAUGGCCUCAAAAGUAGUAGUAGUUCUUGGUCAGCAACGGGAAGCCUAAAGCUUGAAAAUCAAAGACCAAGCUCUGUCACAGAUGAUGAAGAUGCCGAAGAAGAGCAGUAUAAAGAAGUAGAUAAUAAAUUGCAUGAAGCACAGAAACAAGAAAGUGAAAACCUGUGCCUAAAUAGAUGUGAGGAAAAUCUAAGGACAACAUUUUCCUCAAGUACAAAAGAAGAGUCGCCUAAAUGGGAAGAAGAGGCAGAACAGGAGAAGGAAGAUACUGGUGGGAAGCUGCGAACUACAGUUUCUGAUGAUGUGAAAAAUUCUGUUUGUAGUAAUAACCAUCAAGUCCGUAAUGAAGAAGACGCUGCUAAUGAGAGAAGUGCCAUGCCAGCAGUAGGGGCAGAGCAAGAGGAAGAGUCUGAAUUUCCAUGGGAUUCUGAGAUGGAUUCUGAAAGUCCAAGGAAAGUAUCACCUGAUGUGUUGCUCCCAGCUGCAGAUGAACACAGAGUAUGCUUGCAGAGUAUUUCAGGGGAGCUCAACAAUGGCUUUUCAGAGAAAUCCAGUGAUCUGCAGUUGAAGGUUUCUGCAGUUUUAGAGAUGAAUGAAACAUCUUCAAAAAAAGAAAGGCAGAAAUCAGAUCUACAGGAGGAAUUGAAUUUAGGAGAUGUAGAUGAUAUUGAAGGUGAGUGCUCAGAACCUAUCUUUCAUGCAUCAUCAGCUGAAAAAGAGAGGGUUAAAGAUGCCAUUGAAAACUGUGGGCGGCAGGUUGAGAAGGAAAAAGAGAAGCAGAAACAUUUCAAAAUGCAAGCAGUGGAGAAAGAGGAAGAUCAUGAUAAAUUAAACACACCGUCAGGCAGUAUUACCAAUCAACCAGUAAAAGAAAAGCUUGCUCUAAGGAAGAAUGAAAAAAAACCUGAGAAUGAAAAAAUGAUAGAAGAAAAAUGCACAAAGAACUUUUCAUCUGAGGAGAGACCAAAAUUAAUUGGAAUGCCAACGAAAGGUAAAUCUGUUCUGAAUGCAAAAGGUAUGAAGAAAAAUGAGAAUAAAAGGCAGUCUUCAAAGCAGAAGGUUAAUCAGAAGAUUCAAGUAAUGGAUGAUAGCACUUGCAGUGAAACAUCUCAAGCUGAAGAAAGACCUGCAACAAAAACAGGGAGCGAAAAGAGCAAGGUCAGCAUGCAAAUGGAUGUUACUGAUGACCUUGAUUUAACACAGUCGUCUGAUACAACUUCAGAGGAUGCUGAGUUGCCAACUUCAACUUACAAAGAAGCUAUGUUGCUCUUAGAACAGCUUAGCGUGGAUCAUACAGAUUCUGCUGUUUUGCUGAAAAUUCAAAAUAUACUUCUUGAAUAUGAACAGAGGAUAGAUCAUGAAAAAAAUCGCUAUGCAGCUCUCUGGAGAGAAGUCAGGAAGUUGGAAAGUGAAAAAGAGGAGUCACAGUUAAUAGUAGAAGAGACUGAAGAUUUGAAAUCCAUAUUGUCUCACCAAGAAAUGGAAUUGAAAAGUGAUAUCCAAAGCCUUAAAUUUUCUUUGAAACAAGAAGAGGAAAAGAGGCUUAAAGCUGAAAUGCAAUAUGAAAAAAUAAGAGAACAACUAAGGAGGAAAGAGGAUCAAUAUUGUAGAGAAGCAGACGAGAAACAACAACUUGAGUUGUGUGCAAGGAAUUUAGAAAUGGAGUUAAUAACACUGAGAAAGCUCAUGAAACAGAUUGAAGAAGAGCGUGAUGAAACACAGAGACAGCUCUCUCAGGAAAAGAGUGCUAGAGCUCUACAAGAAGGAAUUUUGAACAGCCACCUGUGGAGACAGAAGGAACUGGAAGAAGAGACAAGAAAAACUAUGGGAAAAAAUUCAGAGGAAUCUGACACUAAUGACAGAGAAAAGGAUCUGCUGCACAAAAAUCAAUUACUACAAGAAGAGAUUGCUAUGCUAAGACUUGAACUUGAUCAAGUAAAACUUAGGCACCAGGAGGAUGAAGGAAAAUAUUUAGAGGAAAAUGAAUCUUUGAAAGAAAAAAAUGAUGAUCUUCAGAAGGAACUUAAGCUGAAUGAGGAAGCCUUAACACAAACAGUAUUUCAGUACAAUGGGCAGCUGAAUUUACUCAAGACAGAAUCUGCAAUGCUAACUUCCAAGCUUGAACAGACAAAAGAAAGCAAAGACAGACUGGAAACAGAGAUUGAAUCAUUCCGUUCCCGCUUGAAUGCGGCUGUUCAAGAUCUUGAACGUCAUCAGUCAUUGAAAAGUGACGUUGAACGAACAUUUCAGAGAGAACGUGAUGAAUGGCUUCGUGUACAAGAUAAGCUCCAUCAUGAGCUCUCUGAUGCGCAGGAGACCAACAAGAGCUUGUCUCAGCAGCUGAGUAAAAUGGAAAGCAAAGCUAAUCGUCUAGAAAAUGAGCUUCACCAGUCGAAACAAACACUUCGAGAAAAAACACUGCUUUUAGAAAUGAUGCAAAAAGACUUAAAUCAAGCCCAGUGUCAGGCCAAAGCAAGUGAUCACGCACGGCAACUUGAGAAAGAUCAAGUCAGCAAAUUUAUGAUAAAGCAGGAAUCUAUGCAGGAACGAUUGGCUCAGCUCCAAAGUGAAAACCUCUUACUCCGUCAGCAGCUGGAAGAUUUGCAGAACAAGGGAAUCAUCAAAGAAAAGGUUGUGAAUGAUGUCCAGGACAGAUUUAAUGAUAUUUUCAACAAACUCAGGGCUGAUACUGAAAAGCAAGUUUACCUCGUGGAAGAGAGAAACAAGGAAUUAAAUACCAAGUGUACUGAUUUAAGGGAACAAGUCUUUAAAUAUGAGACUGACAAAGUAGAAAGAGAGGGUUUGGUCAGACAGCUACAGCAGGAGCUUGCUGAUGCUCUUAAAAAGCAGUCUAUGUCAGAAGCUUCCCUUGAAGUUACUACACGUUACCGCAGUGACCUUGAGGAAGACAAACUGCGCUUACAAAAGGAAUUGGACAGGGUUAAAACCAAGUUACAGGAAUCUGAAGAACAGCGUAUUCAGUCUGAGCAUUGUGUUCAUGACUUGAAGACUGUCCUAGAUAAUAAGGAAAAAGAAGUAUCAGUUUCUUCCCAGAAACUGCAAGACCUUCUGUUAGCAACUUCUGGAACCAAUACUACUAUAAAACAACUGGAAGAACAUGUGCAACGACUUGAAAUUGAAAAUGCCAGAUUGGAAGCCACAACCAAACAACAAACGAAUAGAAUUGAAGCUCUUCAGAAGGAUCUGCAAGCCUCAGCCUCAGUUCAUAAUCGCCUAGAAGACUUGAUAGCUGGCUUACGGACAGCACAGACAGCUGCAGAAGAAUACCAGCAUCAGCAGAUGCAAAAGCAGAAUAUGUUGACUGUGACAUCAAAAGAAUCACGCAGUAUGUGGGAGGAAGAAUUGAAGUCAAGAGCCCUCCUUGAAGAACGUCUUGCUCAACUUGAUAGGGAAAAGGCUGAGCUCUUGGAACAGUAUGAGACUGAAAGAAAGAAAGUAAAGAAGCUGGUAGAGUUGAAACGACCAGUUGAAGCGCGUCUUGACCAGGAAAUGAAAAGAAACGUUGAACUGCAGAAAGAAUGUCACAGGUGCAAGAGGCUUCUGAACAGAGCUGUGAAGAAACUAAGAAUGCAUGAGGCCAGAGAAAGAGAGUCCCAAUUUAAUUUCCAGGGAGAAAUGAAGAACAGGUAUUCUGAAAUGGUGACUGAAGUUGGAAAAUUAAGAGCAAAGGUUGCUGAACUUUCUCAGCAGCUGGAGUUAGAGUCUAAAAAAUGCAUCCAGCUGGAAACACAAAACCAAGAUUUGCGAGAAGAGUUGUCUGUUCUGCGUGGGAACCAUGAAAAAUUGGAGAAGAACAAAUGCCAGCUGAAGGAAGAGGUGGCAAACCUCAGACAUCAUUUGGAGGCUAAUAUGGUGAAUCACAGCCAAAUAGAACAAUACAAGAAAGAGAUGGAAGAACGAGCUGGACAAGAAAUCAGACAAAAACUACAAGAAGUCAAUUUGUUUUUGCAGACACAGGCAGCCUCCCAGGACAGGUUAGAACAAAUCAGAGCCAAUCAUCAUGCCUCACUGAGAAACCAACUAAAGCACAGAAUUAAGGAUCUCGAAUGUGAGUUGGACAGAAUAAAAAAUACUCAACAAGACAUUUUUCAAAAAGAAUCCACACAGGCAGAAGUGGAAAAAUACAAAGAAAAGUAUCUGGAAGAAGUGAAAAUUAGAAAAAGCCUAGGAAAUAAACUGGAAAGAGCCAAUGAGAGACUAGCAGAAGCCAAUGCUAAGCUCCUUCAGGAGCGCCACAGAAACAAAUCUUUAAUUGCAAGCAGUAUUGUCACAGGAGGUCUGUCUUCAAGUCCAGUUCUGUAUUCAACUGAACUGGGGCAUCUUGGCAACAAUUUGGCACUGAACAGAAGUCUCAGCCUAGGAGGAAGCUUCAUAGGCGCAGCUGGGAAUGCGUUAUCAUCAAGAAACAAGGUUGAAGCCUACAUGGCUAAGAUACGGAAGGAACUGGAUGAAAAAAUCACUAAAGAACUUGAACAAGCCACUGCUGAACUUGAAACUGGAUCUGCUGGAGCUUCUCCAAUGGUAUCUACUGAUGGAUCUUCAAAAAAUCUCAAUGUUGACCAGGAUCCCCUUUGCAGAGCAAUACAGGAGUACCGCGAUGUUUUAACCAAAAAUUAUCUGAUCUAAACAAAAAUGCAAAGGGAAAAGUACUGGAAAUCAUUUUGUUUACAUAGGGUGUCUUUGAUUUCCCAUCCUGCAGCGUGGAUGUGGAAACAUCUUUAUAUUCAAACUGCAAUAAAUUCAAAACGUAUUAAAUAGGUGUCAAGCACUCUGCACUUACCUGUCGGUCACUGAGGUAUAGUUAGUUUAUUUUGCACUCAGAAUAAGAACCAUAUCUAUUUUUUCUUACUAUCAGAUUGAGUAAUGUUGAUUCUUGAACUUGACAGAACUGUCAGAAUGUUUUUGAUGCGUUAUUUUGCUCCACUUGUGUUCCAUGUUUUAACAAAAGCAUUCCCCUUGUUCUGUUUAAUCCUUUCACUGUUUAUGUGUUUCCAGUGUUAUUUUAAUGCAUAGGAGGUUAUUUGAUUGGCUUUCUGCCAGCUGUUUCAGUCCUGAUGCUGUGAAUAUUUCUGCUGAUUAAGUGAAAGUUAUACCAGUGUUUAAGCUGGAGAGGAAUGCACUUUACAUUGUUGUCACUUUUACGCACCUUGGGUUUAAAAAUACUGUGAGUGUGUAGUAGUGCCAAGAAAGCUUUAAUGUGAUCUUUUUGGUAUUUUUGUUUUGGUAUCCAUGUUUGGGUUUUGCAUUAGAAUUUGAUUCAACUUAAGAUAUUCGCAGUUGCUAGAUCAACAUAUGAUGAACCUGAAGCAGUUCAUACUGGGAAGAAGGAAAAUAAACAUUUCAACCUUCCGUCCAAUUGGUACUUAACACUAUUUGUGUGAUAGGACAAAUUUUUGUUGCUGCUAACAGCUGGUGAUAAAAUAGCUGCAACUCAGGUGAAGAGUAAUGCUGUGGGACUUUGUGUCUAUAAGACAAGCAGUUUCGCUAACAGUUACGUGUUACUGAAGAUCUGCAGUAGUCAUUCCUUGUCUAUAAAAUUUGCUAAAAUACUACACAACAAAUGAAAUCAACGUUCCAGAGACAUGAGAAUGUUAUACUGAGGCAAACAGAAACUGGAAAAAAAAUUUUUACCCACUAAUUCAGCAACUUGACUUAACAAGCAGUGAGGAGAUGUAAUGAAUGUUGCUGCAACUCUCUGCUCUUUUUAUAUGAAUACAAUUUUGUGACACUAAUACACUGUAUUUAAUUCCAGAUAUUAUGUUCCAACUUGGUAUUUAAUAAACUUUCAUAUCUAAUAUGUCUUUGUUUUUUACUCAAUUGACCUUCUUGACUUCGCUUUCCACCUCAUUCUUCACCUCUAUGACUUGCUACAGCUCUCCUCUGCUCACUUCAUCCAUAUUUCUGGUGCCUUCACUCACUUCUGGUGCACUCACAUCACUGCUUCUCAGUCUGCCCUGAGAUCAGAUAAAUGGCCAGCAUGCAUUUGUGUCCUUUUCCUCGUUGGGUACUUGAAGCAUGAUUGUGUAAAGAUUGUGCAUCAUCAGGGACU